AGAGCGUAUUUUGCACGUUUUUGGUAGAAAAAAAAGGCGCUGGCUGGAAAUGUAAAUCGCCUCUGCCAGAGGCGUCAGCUAUCGGUGAAGUGUGGUAAGUGGCUCCGGCUGGGGGUCACGGCGCGUCACUCCGGCUCCGGGAGCAGGCGGGGUGCGGGGCUGGGCCGGGUCGGGCGCCGCAGACACACGCAGCGCGACGGCGGCAGGGCUGCACGGACUCGCCGGUCUCAGUCUGCCUGCAUCUGGCCAGCAGUGCCUCCCCAACGCGCGUCCACAGCGGUUUAUUUCCCCUUGUACGCAAUUAGCCAAAACAACCGGGUUGUGAUUCCACCGGAAGGGGCACGGGGAGACCUGCCGCCGCGGAGGAGCCCGCUGUUCCCCUGCCGCUCGCCCCGCUGCGGAUCGGGGACCACGCGGAGCACGAGCUGCCCGAGGCCGGGAGAGCUCGUCCCUGCGCUUCCCAGGAGUGCCGCCAGGAUCCCGGACUGACUUCCCGGGGGGCAGGGGGGGCGCGAGGUGGGAUGUAAGCUCACGCCGCGAUGAACGGCGCCAGCGAAUCUGCGCUCUUCCUCAUGGAGGACGACACGUAUGUCCGCAUCAAAGAGGAGCCAACGGAGGAAGAGGAAGAAGAAGAGGGCGGAGGAGCAGGAGCAGAGAGACACGACCCAGUCCUGUUCCACAACGUGGCGUCCGGUUCUGACGACCCUCCCGGUGCUGCCGGCUCUCCGUUCAUCCUGAAGACAGAGGAGGAAGAGGAGGAGGAAGAGGAGGAGGUGGAGGAGGAGGAGGAGGAAGAAGAAGAGGAGGAAGAGGAGCAGGUGGGCGGGGACAGUGGCGGCGGCCGGAAGAGAGCCCACGCUCCGGGCCGCCAGUUGGCACCCACCGGCGCCCGCAGGACCAAGCUGGACUGCCCCCGUGCCCCGCAGGGACCCUCGGACGCUCCGAAGACAGUGUGCGGGCAGUGCCAGGCCCUGCUGGGCGACCGCUGCGACGCCUGGGGCUCGGCCGUGGUGGCCCGGAACUGCCCCGCCGAACCGGGCCAGGCGCACCGGGCGCGGCUCACCCUGCCCGCCGGGCUGGGCCUGGAGCCCCUGGGAGUCUUCAACCGGGACGCUGAGAUCCCCCGCGGGGUGUACUUCGGGCCCUAUGAGGGGGAGCCCGCCAGCGAGGAGGAGGCCCUGAGCAGCGCGCACUCCUGGGUGAUCUCGAAGGAGGGAGGCGGGUUCGAGUUCAUCGACGGGGAGAGGGAGGAGAGCGCCAACUGGCUGAGGUUUGUCAGGUGCGCCCGGGACGAGCAGGACCAGAACCUGGAGGCGGUCCAGUGGCAGGGAAAGGUCUUCUUCCGGGCCUGCAGGCCCAUCGCCCCGGGCAGCGAGCUGCGCGUCUGGUACUCGGACCGGUACGCGGCCGAGCUGGGCCUCCUGUGGGACCGGCUGUGGGACAGGAAGUGCCGCUCAGAAGAGCACCGCAAGACGCACGCCGGCGAGAAGGUGCACCACUGCGCCGAGUGCGGCAAGAGCUUCAGCCGGGCGGAGAACCUGCGCGUGCACCAGCGCAUCCACACGGGCGAGAAGCUCUUCCGCUGCGACGAGUGCGGCCGCAGCUUCAGCCAGUCGGGCUCCCUGACGCGGCACCAGCGCAUCCACACGGGCGAGCGGCCCUACCGCUGCGGCCAGUGCGGCAAGGGCUUCAGCCACUCGGGGGCGCUCACCACGCACAUCCGCAUCCACACCGGCGAGCGGCCCUACCGCUGCCAGUACUGCGACAAGAGCUUCAACACCGUGGGCUACCUGCGCACCCACGAGCGCUUCCACUCCGGCGACCGGCGCCACCGCUGCGAGCAGUGCGGCAAGAUGUUCGCCCAGGCCCGCGACCUGUCCAUGCACCUGCGCACCCACACGGGCGAGACGCCCUACUCCUGCUCCUACUGCGGCAAGAGCUUCAGCUUCCUGGGCGACCUGCGGCGCCACGAGCGCGUGCACACGGGCGAGAAGCUGUACUGCUGCCCCGACUGCGGCAGCAGCUUCAGCCGCGCCGGCGACCUCAAGACGCACCGGCGCGUGCACACGGGCGAGCGGCCCUACGUCUGCCCGCUCUGCAGCAAGGGCUUCAGCCAGUCGGGCGACCUGACCAAGCACCUGCGCAUCCACACCGGCGAGCGGCCCUACCUGUGCACGCAGUGCGGGAAGAGCUUCACGCGCUCCGGCGACUACAAGACGCACCAGCGCAUCCACACGGGGGAGAAGCCCUACCACUGCACCCAGUGCGGGAAGAACUUCCGCGACGUGCGCAUCCUCAAGACGCACCUGCGCAGCCACACGGGGCUGAAGCCCUACUGCUGCCAGCACUGCGGCAAGAGCUUCACCCGCCUCUACUACCUGAAGAUCCACCAGCAGAGCCACUUGGGGGCCAAGAGCGCCGCCCCGCUGGAGGCUGGGGGCGCUGCGGGACUGGAGCCCCCCCCGGAGAAUGGGGCCGCCGCCGCCGACAGCCCCGCCCCGUCCCCGGAGCGGGACCCUGAGUCCCCUGGUGGUGCCGCCGCCACCGCCGCCCAGACCCUGGAGUUCCAACAGUGCCCCCUGCAGCCAGGGGGCGGCGACGCGGAGGAAGUGUGACCCGAGGGUGGGGGGGGGUAGGCACCCCGUUCCUGUGUGAGGAGCGGGGAGGCUACGCUGACAGCUCCCGCACCCCGCCACACUGCGGUCCACGUCCUGCUCGCUGGCGCCACCUGCUGGACCUCUUUCUCAGAAUGUAGAACUGGACUGAAC